CUCCGCUCCCACCGCACGGGUCCGAGGCCGCGCCCCUCCGCCUCCGGAGUUGCGCUGGAGGUCGACGCUUCGUUCGCGCUCCGCGAUUUUGCCGGCCAUGGCAGGAAAAGCUCACCGACUGAGCAGCGAAGAAAGAGAACAGCUCCUGCCAAAUCUCAGGGCAGUCGGAUGGAAUGAGGUGGAAGGCAGAGAUGCUAUCUACAAGGAGUUCCAUUUCAAGGACUUUAAUCGGGCUUUUGGAUUUAUGACCAGAGUAGCUCUGCAAGCAGAAAAACUGGAUCAUCAUCCCGAAUGGUUUAAUGUUUACAACAAAGUUCAUAUAACCUUAAGCACACAUGAGUGUGCUGGCUUAUCUGAACGGGACAUCAACUUGGCCAGUUUUAUAGAGCAAGUUGCAAACACACUAGCCUAAAAUGCUCACCGCCAUCUUUGUCUGUAAAGGUAGCUCCCACGUCUUAACCUGUUGGAAAGUAUCAUGACAAACGUAACCUGGCCUCUGUAUCCAGUUAAUAGGGGAGAACCCAUCUUUUGGUCAAAGCUUCAUAUUUGCUUACUGUGCAAUUGUGCUGUGAAUUCAUCUGUUAUCCAUUAUAAAUCUGUCUUGUGUCAAUAUCUGUCUCUAGGGUUCUUUAGUCUGUAACCCUGUUUAGCAGUAUUAAGUAAGUGCAGGAGAAGUCGCCUGUGGUUGUCAGUUUUAAUAAAGCCUGCUCUUACGCAAUC